AUAAGGAGAUCUCUUAGGUUGUGGGACGUAGGAAAUUCCUCUCUUCCUCUCUCUUUCUCUCUCUCUCAACAUGAGGAUGAGUGUGAAAGAAUCGACGAUGGUGAGGCCGAUGACAGAAACGCCGAGUGGGAGUCUAUGGCUCUCGACUUUGGACUUACUAAUGCCUGCUGCCUUCCACAGCCGCUCCGUACACUUGUACCGCUCCAAUGGCGCUGCCAACUUCUUCGACGUUACCUUGCUCAAGGCGGCGCUUGGGCGGGUCCUGGUUGACUUCUACCCCUAUGCAGGGAGGCUGGAGAAGGCGGACAACGGCCGCAUCCAGAUCAACUGCAACGCCGAGGGAGUGUUGUUCGUGGAGGCCGAGUGCGACGACGCAGUUGAUGACUUGGGAGGUUUCGGGCGCCGUGCCCUCGACCUCUCUCUCGCCCCUAAAGUCGAUUAUUCCCUUGGGAUUUCCACCUUCCCGCUUUUGCUACUGCAGUUCACUCGCUUCAAAUGCGGUAGCAUUUCCUUGGGCGUUGCAAACGAGCACCACGUUUCCGACGGCAUCUCCGCCCUCCAUUUCAUCAACACGUGGUCCGACGCCGCCCGUGGCCUUACCGCCGCAGUCGUUCCCCCAUUCCUCGACCGCCGCCUCCUCUCGGCUCGCAGCCCGCCGCAGCCCCACUUUCCCCACGACGAAUACCAGCCCCCUCCGCGACUCACAACCCCUCUCCCCAACACCGACACAUCGCACUCAACGUUCAAGCUCACUCCCGGCCACCUCCGCGCCCUCAAGCAGAGAUGCAAAUCCGGCUACACCACCUACGAGGUGGUCACCGGCCACGUGUGGCGCUGCGUCUGCGCCGCCCGCCGCCUCCCCCAUGACCAGCAAACCAGGCUGCAGAUCCCGAUGGACGCGCGCAGGAGGCUGGCGCCGCCCCUGCCGCCGGGUUUCUUCGGCAACGCGAUCUUGUACACCACGUCAACCGCUCUGUGCGGCGAGCUGGUGUCGAAUCCGGUGGAGUUCGCGGUGGAGAAAGUCCACGCGGCGUUGGGGCAAAUAAACGACGAGUACUUGAAGUCGGCUAUUGAUUACUUGGAGGUGCAGCUGCCGAAUAUGCACGCCAUCGCGCGCAGCGAGAGCAAUGUGAGUUGCCCUAAUUUUGGGAUCACGAGCUGGGUGCGGCUGCCUUCGUAUCCGGAUUUCGGGUGGGGAAAGCCGGUUUACGCGGGGCCGGCGGUGGCUCCGUAUGAAGGGAAGGGUUAUUUGUUCGUUGAUGGGGAGAGUGAUGGAGGUUUGUUGCUUGCGAUCACGCUGCUCAACCCGCAUAUGGAGGCCUUUCACAACUUGUUCUAUGAUAUUUGAAUCUACUGUUACUGUUGCUUAUUUAGAAUAACAUGCUUUAAUUUGAAACUAGCAGAAAUAAUGUGUGUUACUAGUUUAACUAAUGUCAUUUUAUGUGAUAGAAGUUAAAUAUAUAGAUAUUGUUAUAUA